UUGACAAAAGUCGAAAGAAAUGGCACGCUCACCAUCAUUUACGUUUUCAAGCGGUGGAUGUCUACACAAAAGUUUUUAUUUGAGAAGCCGUAGACUGAAGAGUUGCAGCAGACAGACAGGUUUUUGCAACUUUUUUCAAGUUUGUGUCUGCCUUGAACGAGGCUUGCAAACUUUCUGUUCCUCCACGAGCCCCUGGUGCAAUCCGGGGAUUCGGCCCAGAGUAACUGAAGGUUUCCGAUACCGCCUGCGAGUUGCUUAUGAUGGUACAGAUUUUAGUGGUUGGCAGUUUCAAGAAAAAAGGCGCAGUGUUCAAGGUGUCUUGGAACAAGUACUGUCGAAGCGGUUAAACAGGUCAAUAAGGAUAAUAGGUGCCGGAAGAACCGACUCUGGUGUACACGCUAGAGGACAAGUCGCUCAUUUUGACACUGUUUCUUUUAGUGAUUGUCCGCAUUUGGAAUAUACACUGAAUAGAAUGUUGAGUGGAGAUAUUCGAGUCUACGAUUUGCAACAAAAAGAACCCAUUUCUUCAGAUCCGCGAAACAACUGGCACGCCAUUUUUUCCGCGAGAAAGAAAGUCUAUUCCUAUCGCUUUUCCAUAGCAAAGGAACUGGACCCGUUGGAACGACGUUUUCGUUUUCAUUUUUAUCGUCGCUGCAAUUUGGAACGACUGUAUGAUGCAACUAAAGUGUUCCUGGGUACCCACGAUUUUACCAGUUUUUGUUCGAGGAACACCGAAAUGAAGGAAAUGGAAAAGAAUAUGUGUCGUACCAUUUAUCGAAUUGAUCUUGUUCAUGAAAGUGGUGAUAGUUAUCGUUUGGAAUACGAGUUGAACGGUGCACUGUAUCGGAUGAUCAGGAAUAUUACCUCUUCGCUAUUUUUUGUUGCUUCAGAUGAAUUGACGUUGGAUGACUUGAAUGAAAUUCUUCAUGCAAAAGACAGAAGACGGGCACCCAAGGCAGCUCCAGCACAUGGUCUUUGCCUAGAACGAGUUAUUUACGAUGACUAUUGAAUUCUAGCCAAACCUCUUUUUUGGGAACGACAGCUUAAUGUUGCUAUUAUAGCUAUUUUAAGAAUUAGUAACUUUUGCUAAAAUCCUACGGCGUACUUAAGACAUUUCCAUCGUUGAACGACAGCCUUUAGGAAAGAAAAAAAUGCAUCAAAAUUGCGCCACAUUUCUCAUAACUCGGAUGAGUUUUUUUGGUAUGAUUAGAUAAAUAAUUUGCUUUAUGA